UGAAAAUCUAUUUUAUUUAGCCUAAUUAAUAUAUUUGGGUAUUUAAAAUGUUUCAAACUACCCAAAUAAUAUAAAAACUAAAAUACAACCAUUAAGUCAAUAUAAACCCAAUUUGCUUACAAAAAAUAUCCUGCACAGAUGUUCACUGAAGAUAUACCGUAUUAUAACUUUCGUGAGCAUUCGUGUCCGAACAUGUUAAAUUUCGCAUUUGUGAGCAAACAGCACUCAGGCAGUCCACGCAUGGACUAUAACUUACAGAAACGUCAGGGUAUAUUCAGUGUUCACGCAUCUUAACUAUUCCCUACAAAUACAGUUCGCCUUCAAAAUGUAUACAUAAAGUAUCAUUAGUCUUGCAUAACUUGCUCUUCUAUAUCCAGUACAAUAACGAAUCAUUUCUCUUAUGGAGAAAGUUUGAAGGGGAGAUUGUGCCGCUUGAUAUGCGCAAACACAUGCAAUUUUGCAGGUGAGAUUUCACACACGGUCACUCUCUCCCCAGGUGUCCAGUGUGGCAAUGAGCGCAGAGGAAAUGAUGUAGUAAUGAUCUUUAAUUACAGCCAGAAGCAGGGACGCCUCUCUCUUUCUCUCCAGUCGCCGAAGUCGUGCUAUAGGCUCACAGCAAACUUUCCUAGUUUUUCCCAGUGUCUUUUUUUCGGACCGGAUUUCCAUUGUCCCCUUUCGGAGUAUGAGAGCCGCAGUAACCACGAAGAAAGCGGAGGACGGCGAUGCCUGAUGAGACGGGCGGCUUAUGGUCUGAUAAAGAAAACAAAAACAGCACCUUCGGGUCUGAGACCGCUGGCCGAUUGCAGCCGCUGUGCUGCAAACUGCAAAGUGCACAUUUAUUCGCAGCCUUUAAAGCACUUCCUGAAUUUUUAAGCCCUCUAAUAUUAGAUGGCGCCAUGAUUUUCCUGGUCGUAACUAUGCUGGUCUUCGCCGUCGGCAGCCUAGAAGAUGAAGGAUCCCGGUUCGAGUGCGUGUGCGAGGGGACGGAGUGUGCCGGCUUGGCCCGGUGUGUCUCACAUGCAUGCUACACUUCCACCUCGUCCCGAAACGGCUCGUCACCCCUGCUGCAGAAGGGCUGUAUUGGGGGGGGCGUGCUCUGCGGCAGCCCAGCGCCUCCUGGGGUCACGGUGGAGUGCUGCAGGGGUCAUCUGUGCAAUGCCAACACCAGCGUGGAGUCGCCUUCCAGAGGUGAGGAGGUACGGCUGCCACUCCCAAGGGAGCACGAGUGCGUGUGCGAGGGCCGCUCCUGCGCGACCGGCGACCGCUGCAUGGGCCAGCAGUGUUUCUCAGCACUGACAUUGAGCGACGGCGCCCCCUUGAGGCAGAAGGGCUGCUUCAAGGUGUACGAGCAGGGCCGGCUGAACUGCAAGACACCCCCGUCGCCUGACCAGGUGGUAGAGUGCUGCCAGGGGCAUCUGUGCAACCUCAACGUCACCGUCAAGCUGCCUGUCCGAGCGAGGUCUGCGGGGGACAGCGUGAAUCACUCCGUGAGCGUGCUGGCCGUCGUCACGGUGGGCCCGGUCGCGGUCCUCCUCGUCCUGUCCGCACUCGCCGUGCUGCUGUUCCGGCGGGUCCACCGGGGCCACAUGGAGCGGCUGACGCCGCGCGACGCAGAGUACGGCAUCAUCGACGGACUCAUCGCCUCCAACGUUGGCGAGAGCACGCUCGCGGACUUGCUGGAUCACUCUUGUACUUCAGGAAGCGGCUCUGGGCUGCCCUUCCUGGUGCAGAGGACUGUUGCACGACAGAUCACGCUCAACGAGUGUGUGGGGAAGGGCCGCUACGGAGAGGUCUGGAGGGGACAGUGGCAAGGAGAGAGCGUGGCCGUGAAGAUCUUCUCCUCGAGGGAUGAGAAGUCCUGGUUCCGGGAGACGGAGAUCUACAACACAGUGCUACUGAGACACGAGAACAUUCUGGGCUUCAUCGCGUCGGACAUGACGUCCCGCAACUCCAGCACCCAACUCUGGCUGAUCACUCACUUCCACGAGCCGGGCUCGCUGUACGACCACCUGCAGCUCAGCACGCUGGACGCCUCCGGCUGCCUGCGGAUGGCGCUGUCAAUCGCCAGCGGCCUGGCGCACCUUCACGUGGAGAUCUUCGGCAUGCAGGGCAAGCCGGCCAUUGCCCACCGCGACCUGAAGAGCAAGAACAUCCUGGUGAAGAGGAACGGGCAGUGCUGCAUUGCUGACCUGGGGUUGGCCGUGAUGCACUUUCAGGACACCAACGAGCUGGACGUGGGGAACAACCCCAAAGUGGGCACCAAGCGCUACAUGGCCCCUGAAGUCCUGGACGACUCCAUCCAGACGGACUGCUUUGAGUCCUACAAGCGGGUGGACAUCUGGGCUUUCGGCCUGGUCCUGUGGGAGGUCGCCAGGCGGACGAUUAGCAAUGGCAUCGUGGAGGACUAUAAACCUCCCUUCCACGACAUGGUACCCAAUGACCCAAGCUUUGAGGACAUGAAGAAGGUGGUCUGUUUGGACCAGCAGAGACCCAACAUCCCCAACAGAUGGUUCUCAGACCCGACGUUGUCGUCCGUCGCAAAGCUAAUGAAGGAAUGCUGGUACCAAAAUCCCUCAGCCAGACUGACUGCGUUACGCAUCAAAAAGACCUUGACGAAAAUCCACAACUCUCUUGAGAAAAUUAAAGCGGACUGCUGAGCAGCCUCUAAGAGGAAGAGUCGACGUCCUUUAGAACAACCAGCGAAGUCUCUUUUUUGCCUGGCAGUGCUGGAAGGCAGGCAGGGUGCCCUCAUAGCGGUACCUUUAUUUAUUUUGAACUUCUGUUGGGAUAUAUUUUUCUUUUUUACGUCCAAAGAUAGCUCAGCGGGCAUUGAAAGACGGUCUAGUCAGGUAUCCGAGGUGUGACCGUCCUUUAAGUUUGUGGGAGUUUUAGUAAAAUGUUCUUCAAGGAAGAAACGACUCACUAGGAACUGGAAAAUCUUACUUUGACACAAUUUUCAUUUAUUUAUUUUUUGUUUUGUUUUUUUGUUUUUUUUCCCGCGGGGGGAUGUAUUUCAUAAAACAUUCUAUUGCACUAGCAAACUUUAAAUUCCUUGCUUACACUGUGGAAGCAGAAGUGGAAAAACUGGGAGAUAAAAAAACUGAUUUAUUUUAUACUCCAUACGCAAAGUUAGCAUUGCUCAGAAUAAUAAUUAAAAACUAGGGCUGUAUUAGAAGCAUUUCUUACACUUGUGUUUGCGGUGUUACGAAGCCUGUCCGUGUUUUUCAUUAAACCGGUCAUUUUAUUUAACGCACAUUGUGGUGCAAGCGGUCUUUCCAGUGUGGCGAUGCCUGACCCAUUUGGAUGUACACAUUUUCUAUAUCCCGUUUCAACCCUUCGUUGUAAUUUAAAUGUUUUUUAUUUUCAUUUUUCUUAGGCCAUAAGUUUUUAUGGUAAAUAACAAAAACACACAUUUAGGACAUUAGACGAUGGUGAACUUGUGCAGAAACGGAAGUCACUCCAUGACAUAGACAGCGUCGAUUACAUUAGUACUUUAUAUAAAGUGGUGGUUUCUAAACUAUAAAAUGCAACUAUAAAAAAUAA